AUGACUCACCAGGUGAGCAGCUCGCCCUUUCUGAAGCCGUUCUUCCUCAAGAGGCCGCUCAGCGUGUCCAGUCCCAGGACGCAGAGGCGACACACGCUCCCGGCCAGCGAGUUCCGCAACCUCACCCCUCAGGACGCCAUCAGUGUCUUCGAAAUCGAGAGAGAAGCGUUUGUGUCUGUAUCGGGGAAAUGUCCUCUGACUCUGGACGAAGUGCUGGUAUUUCUGGAACAGUGUCCUGAGCUGUCCAUGGGCUGGUUUGAGGAGGGGCAACUGGUGGCCUUCAUCAUCGGAUCUGGCUGGGACAAGGAGAAGCUCUCACAGGAGGCCAUGAGCACCCACGUGCCCGGCACGCCCACGGUCCACAUCCACGUGCUGUCGGUGCACCGCCACUGUCGGCAGCAGGGCAAAGGCUCGGUGGUGCUGUGGCGCUACCUGCAGUACCUGCGCUGCCUGCCCGGCCUGCGGCGCGCCCUGCUCAUCUGCGAGGGCUUCCUGGUGCCUUUCUACCGCAAGGCCGGCUUCAAGGACAAGGGCCCCUCCGCCAUCUCCGUCGGGGCCAUGCACUUCCAGGAGAUGGAGUACCAGCUGGGAGGGCUCGCCUACGCACGACGGAACAGCGGAUGCUGA